CUCUCUUCCUUCGCUCCCGCUUGGACAAACUUCUUCCCUUAUUACAGGGCAAUGGUCUGAUAUUGCUCCCUCGCUGGGCAAUCUCAUUCCACUCUGCUUCCUCUACCUGAACACCCUCCUCUCUCCCCGUCCCCCCCUCACUCGUUAUGUCGUCCUCGACCCUCCCCAUCGCGGUCGACCCGGUCGCGUUGGUGAUCACAGAAUGUAUCACCGUCACCUCCGCCAUGCGGAAACAUACCCGUUGGGCUCACUCCUCCGUCUCGGCCAUCUUAGGAGGUGGCGCCGUCUCACGAGUCUACGACCGUGAUACCUCGACCCCUCCGAGCCCGCGAGAUGGCAAUACGCCCCCUCGUCCACCAUCCCGCUUGUCCUCCGCCGACGACGACCAUGCCCUGGCCAACCGAUGGGGGUUGAGAGGGAAGAAAGGCAAGAGCAUGCAAGAUAACCCUCUAAUCUCCGCGUUCACCAGGUUACGGAGCGAUCUCAAGGGCUGCAAAGAUAUCCGAACCUUCGACGCCCCCGCCUUGCUCCAUCCAUUCCUACAAGUCGUUCGUUCCUCCUCCACCUCGGCCGCCAUCACCUCCCUGGCCCUGGUCGCCCUCACCAAAUUCUUCGCCUAUGAGAUCAUCAAUCGGGACUCACCCAGGCUUCCCAUGGCCAUGCAACUCCUCUCCGCCGCCAUCACCCACUGCCGCUUCGAGGCGAGCGACUCCGCCGCCGAUGAAAUCGUCCUGCUACGGAUUCUGAAGUUGAUGGAGGGGAUGUUGUCGCGACCGGAAGGGGACCUCCUGGGGGAUGAGAGUGUCUGCGAGAUGAUGGAGACCGGGUUAAGUAUGUGCUGUCAGGUCCGUCUCUCCGAGGUCUUGCGCAGAUCGGCUGAGACGGCCAUGGUCAACAUGUGCCAGGUCAUCUUCUCCCGAUUGACCCACCUGGAUGCCUCGCAAGAGCUGGAAACAGACUUGGAGACCCGGGCGCCGAAGAUUGCGGACCAGACCAGCCUCAAAAUGGACCCCUCCGUAGACGGAGAUACAGUGACAUCUCAGCAUCCAUCCGCCAUGGGCUCGGAUACAGCCAUCGCAGACCGGGAGCGGGGCAGCCGAGACGGAACUCCCGAUCAAUCGCUGAACGGAACCGCUGUGACUGCUCCCCCAAACCCUCAAGACGACGCCGGCGAAGAUAUCAAACCAUACUCCCUGCCUUCAAUCCGCGAAUUGUUUCGAGUGCUGAUCGAUCUCUUGGACCCGCACAACCGCCAGCAUACUGAGCCGAUGAAGGUGAUGGCUCUCCGCAUCAUUGACGUGGCCCUGGAGGUUGCUGGUCCGUCCAUCGCGAAGCAUCCUAGCCUUGCCAAUUUGGCACAGGAUGACCUGUGUCGCUAUCUCUUCCAGCUGGUCCGGUCAGAGAACAUCGCCAUUCUCACAGGAUCGCUGCGGGUGGCAGGCACCCUGCUGCUGACUUGUCGCUCGGUCUUGAAGCUUCAGCAGGAGCUGUAUCUGUCAUACCUGGUGGCCUGCCUUCAUCCCAGGGUCGAAAUACCCAGGGAGCCCGGAAUCAAUCCCGCUCUGUACGAUGGAGUACCCCAAAGGCCCAAGCUGGUCAAGCCGUCCCCUUCGCAGUCAAACAGUGGUCGUUCGACUCCGGUUCCCGUGAAGGAUCGCCAGAAGCUGGGGCUUGAAGGAGGCUCUCGGAAGCCGGAGACUCGAGAAGCGAUGGUAGAGAGUAUCGGCGUGCUGGCACGGAUCCCAAGCUUCAUGGUGGAGUUGUUCAUUAACUACGACUGUGAUGUCGACCGUGCGGACCUCUGUGAGGACCUGAUUGGGUUGUUGUCGCGAAGUGCGUUCCCCGACUCGGCCACCUGGAGCACGACCAAUGUGCCGCCUCUGUGCUUGGAUGCUCUGCUGGGCUAUGUGCAGUUCAUUUACGACCGCUUGGACGAGGGGUUCACCUCCGAGGGCUUCCCAUCGCGGGAUGAGCUUCGCGACCAGCGUCGGACCAAGAAGAUCAUUAUCAAAGGAGCUCAAAAAUUCAACGAGGAUCCCAAGGCUGGAAUCGCGUACCUGGCCUCGCAGGGGAUCAUCGAAAAUCCCGACGACCCGGUUCUCGUCGCUCGUUUCCUAAAAGGCACCUCGCGGUUGUCGAAAAAGGUCCUGGGCGAGUUCAUCUCCAAACGCUCGAAUGAAAAGUUACUCGAUGCCUUUGUGGAUCUUUUCAAUUUCUCGGGCCAGAGCGUCGUCGAUGCCCUGCGCGAUCUUCUCGGCGCGUUCCGUCUACCCGGUGAAUCACAGCUGAUCGAGCGCAUCGUUACCACGUUUACGGACAAAUACAUGCAGAAGGCCCAGCCCACCGAGGUUGCGGACAAGGAUGCACUCUUUGUUCUGACCUACGGCAUUAUUAUGUUGAAUACCGAUUUAUACAAUUCGAACAUCAGGUCGCAGAACCGCAUGUCCUGCAUAGACUUCUCCCGCAACCUGCGGGGUGUCAACGCAGGCCAAGACUUUGCGCCGGAGUUCCUGCAAUCCGUUUACGAUUCGAUCAAACAGAAUGAGAUUAUUCUACCUGAUGAGCAUGACAACCAACAUGCAUUUGAAUAUGCAUGGCGUGAGUUGCUGCUGAAGUCUUCCUCGGCUGGUGAGCUUGUGGUGGGCGAGACAAAUAUCUACGAUGCGGAGAUGUUUGAAGCCACCUGGAGCCCCGUGGUCGCGACUCUGUCGUACGUCUUUAUGUCUGCCUCUGAUGAUGCGGUCUAUUCCCGCGUGGUGACGGGCUUCGAUCAGUGUGCACAGAUUGCAGCCCGCUAUGGCCUGACGGCCGCCUUUGAUCACAUUGUCUUCUGCUUGGCCUCGAUCAGCACUCUCGCUACCGAAAAGCCUCCCAGCACCGCUCUCAACACCGAGGUGCAGGCCGGUGAGAGGAGUGUGAUGGUCAGCGAACUAGCCGUCAAAUUCGGCCGCGACUUCCGAGCUCAAUUAGCCGCCGUGGUUCUCUUCCGAGUUCUCGCUGGCAAUGAGGCUACGGUUCAGCAGGGCUGGACCCAUGUGAUCCGCAUUCUCAGUAAUCUCUUCGUCAACGCCCUUAUCCCCUCCUUCGGUUCUAGUCUUAAUGCAGAGCUUGAGCUGUCCCCGAUACCGCUGCAGAAUCCAUCCCAGGUUGUAGAGCGCGACGCACGGGGCACUGAAACGGGUCUUCUGUCCGCAUUCACCUCGUACCUGUCCAGCUACGCAGCCGAUGAUCCUCCGGAGCCGUCGGACGAGGAGCUGGAUAACACGCUGUGCACUGUCGACUGCGUCUCGGCUUGCUCCAUCGAUGACAUCCUAGCCAACAUCAAGACUCUUCCAUUGGAAACGGUGUCGGUACUUGUGGAAGUCCUUCUGGCCCAACUCCCUGAGGAGAGCGCCCCGGCCGUCAUCGUUGUUAAGCCGGAACGCCCGGCAGCUAGGCCCAGGGCGGCCAAUGGCAGGGUUGACGCCAAUAAACCAAAUUACGACCCGGGCAUGCUCUACCUCUUGGAGCUGGCCACUGUCUUAACGCUGCGGGACUCCAAGACACUAGAAAGCCUUGGCGAGAGAUUGUUGACCGCCCUGCAGGCUUUUGUCCGCGAUGCCCGGAAUAUCCACUCCUUGGCAUUGACUCGGAUCAUUUACUAUCUCAUGAGUCUGCUGCGCUUGAGCUAUAACCAACCUUAUAUGCGCGUGCCGGUUAUUCUCCAUGCAAUCUCCGGAUUUGACCAGGACAUUCUUGAGAGCAUUGCCAUUCCUGUCGUGAAGAGCCUGGCAAGAUGCAUCUCGGAUGCGGAUGCUCUGCGAAACGAGAUUUCUGCUUCGCCGGACUUCUGGUCCAUCCUGCAGAGACUGCAUCAGCACAAGGAAGCGGCUCCGUUGGUGUUUGAUCUGCUACUGGCCAUCGUGGAGUCGAAUCCACCAAUCGUUACGGCUGAUAACUACGAGUCCGCUGUUAGCUUGGCGAACGACUUCAUCAGUGCCGGGAGUGUGGGCUACAUCGAAGAGCGACAGAGGGAUACGCACGGACGCCGCAAGGCUGUCAAACAUCCGAGGUCGAGUACCGAGAACGAGGUAGUCUCGCGUGGAGUCAAAGCCAUUAACUUUGUCUUCCACUUGACGCAUCGGAUCCCAACCCUCAUCAAGCAGUCGCAUCUUGAAGAGAACGAAGCUUGGUCCGCCUAUUGGUCUCCCAUUUUCCAGACUUUGACGGCGCAAUGUAUUAAUCCUUGCCGGGACAUUCGCCACCACGCCGUGUCGACGCUGCAACGAACGCUUCUUUCGCUUGAUAUCAGCGCCGCCGACGAGAAGGAAUGGACCGCAAUCUUCGACCAGGUGCUCUUCCCUCUGAUCCUCCGCCUUCUGAAACCCGAGGUCUACCACUCGGAUCCCCUGGGCAUGGGCGAAACGCGCGUUCAGGUCGCCACGCUGGUGUGCAAGAUCUUCCUGCGGUAUCUCGACCAGCUUCCCAACUGGGAUGGUAUGCUGGACCUUUGGCUCCGGAUUCUGGACAUUCUCGAUCGAAUGAUGAACAGUGGCCAGGGAGACAGCUUGCAGGAGGCAAUUCCAGAGAGUCUCAAGAACAUUUUACUGGUGAUGGCCGACGGCGGAUACCUCGUGCCCCCUUCGCAGGACCCGACCAGGGAGAAGAUCUGGACCGAAACCAAGAAGCGGCUUGACCGUUUCCUCCCGGAUCUGUUCCAGGAGAUCUUCCCUCCUAUGGAUGAGAAGGUCCCGUCUGCCCCGAUGUCGGCGGCUGCGUCGCCUAAUCCCGCUGCUUCCCAGCCUGAGACAGAAGAGCAGGAGAAGGGGCAAGAGGGUGAGACGCAAAUCGCAGACGCCACCACCACUGAGGACAUUGAGAGUGAGACACCUGAAGCACGCACCGAGGCUCCGUUGCCCGUGGAUAAAGGCAAGAAAGCCGAUUAGAUCACCCAUAUGGCUAUGAACAUACAUGGACUUCCCUGACGCUUUACUUGAUUGAACAAACCCAGCGGAAAGAGAAGUUGACUCGCUUGGCAUUAAACUACAAUUCACCUCGAAGCAUUUGCAUUUACAACAUGGGCUUAGUGGGUGGGGCUCUACUCGCUGGAAUUGAUUUUGGCCAUUGGGGCCGGUGUGUACU